AAACAUCUUUGCAGCAGUAGCUCUGUAUUCUAUAUCCUUACUUCACGCCAGCCGGACUCGGUUUGCGGUAGUUUUGACGUGGACGUCAACAACAAUGGCGGAGGGAGAGGAUCAUCUCCUCCAAGGCAGCUGGGACAGAGACCUUGCUGACGCUCUGGAGUCUGGCGGCUGUGAUCUGGAAACCGUGAGAAACAUAAUCCAGGGGAGAGAGCUGCCUUGCGACCAGAGGGCCAGAAUUUGGAAGAUUGCACUGAAUGUAGCGGGGAAAGGAGACAGUCUGGCAUCAUGGGACAGGUCACUAGAUCUGCCAGAGCAGGCCAUAAUUCACGACAAAUGUCAACAGCUAAUAGACCUGCAGCCGGUGCCAGAGGAGGAGAAGCCUGCUCUGCUGGUGGAUGUGGAGUCAGUCAUAACAUUUUACUGCAAGUCCCGGAACAUCACCUUCAAACAGAACCUGAACUGGCCAGAUCUCCUGAAGCCACUGCUGAGUCUGCAGCUGCCCCGCAGUGACCUGUACAACUGCUUCUACGCUAUCAUGAAUAAAUACAUUCCCAGGGACUGCGUUUCAAAUGGUCGUCCGUUUCACCUCUUCCGGCUGCUGCUGCAGUACCACGAGCCGGAGCUCUGUUCCUUCCUGGACACCAAGAAGAUUACCCCUGACUCCUACGCCAUGAACUGGCUUGGAAGCAUGUUUGCAGGGCAGUGUUUGCCAGAGGUGACCCAGGCCAUGUGGGAUGUGUAUUUGCAGCAGGCCGAUCCGUUCCUCAUCUUCUUUUUAAUGCUCAUCAUGCUUGUCAAUGCAAAAGAUAAUAUUCUGUCACAAGAAGGAGAUGGUAAAGAGGAACUCGUACAGAUGCUGGAAACCUCGCCAGCUCAUCUGGAAGUUGAAGACAUGGAGGAUCUCUUCUCCCUGGCUCAGUAUUACUACAACAAGACGCCGCUGUCUUUGAGAAAGGAUAAUCAGAACCUGUUUGGCAGCAGUCUGGUGGCACUGAAAGAUGAGGAGAUGGACCUGAGCCAAGCUCUCUGCCUGCCUGUCUCGGUACCAGAGAUCCUGCAGGCAAACCAACCGCAGGGGGAUGGUGUGCGGUUCUUUGUGGUGGAUUGCCGACCUGCUGAGCAGUACAAUGCAGGACACCUCUCCACGGCUUUCCACCUGGACUCAGACCUGAUGCUGCAGAACCCCGCUGAGUUUGCCCUGUCUGUAAAGUCUCUGCUGGAGGCCCAGAAGCAGUCCCUGGAGUCUGGCUCCAUCGCCAGCGGGGAGCACCUGUGCUUCAUGGGCAGCGGCCGGGAGGAGGAGGACAUGUACAUGAACAUGGUUCUGGCUCACUUCCUGCAGAAAAACAAGGAGUAUGUCAGUAUUGCAAAGGGGGGGUUUAUGGCACUUCAGCAACACUUGGCAGACAUUAAUGUUGAGGGUCCUGACAAUGUCUAUGUCCACUGGAUUGUGAGCACUUCAGGAUCGAGAGGCAGCAUCAGCUCACCUGCUGAUAGCGAGUCUCUGAACGGCUCGGGCGAUGGGAAGGGAGUGAAGUCCCUGGUCAACAAAAUGACUAUUGCCCUGAAGUCCAGGUCGGUGAACGUGAAGGAGAAAGUAAUCAGCUUCAUUGAGAACACGUCUGCCCCGGUCGAAAGAAUAUCUUUCAAUCUACCUUGGCCAGAAAAUGUGGUUCCGGAUAGGCAUGUGAGUAGCAGUGACAGAGUAGGAAAGCCAUACCGAGGAGUAAAGCCAGUGUUCAGCAUCGGGGAUGAAGAGGAAUGCGACACAGAUGAGAUUGACAGCUCCUCCAUGUCUGACGAUGAUCGGAAGGAGAUUGUUAACAUCCAGACCUGGAUAAACAAACCAGAUAUCAAACACCAUUUUCCCUGCAAUGAGGUGAAGGAGACUGGCCACAUGUUCCCCAGCCAUCUCCUGGUGACGGGGACGCACAUGUACUGCCUGCGUGAGAUCGCCUCUCGCAAGGGGUUCGCUUACAUCCAGUCUAGACAAGCGCUAAACUCUGUGGUGAAGAUCACCUCCAAGAAGAAACACCCAGAACUCAUCACUUUCAAAUUCGGAAACAGCAACUCCUCAGGAGUGGAGGUACUGGCUGUGGAAAGGUACUUGAUACCAAAUGCAGGCGAUGCCACCAAAGCCAUUAAACAACAGAUCAUGAAAGUCCUAGAUGCCUUGGAGAGCUGAUAGGAGGAAACUUGGCGAAUCUGAAACCCCUGCGUGGUGUUAAAAGAACCGCAAAAGCUCCGGAUUAUUGGAGAAUGUUGACAUUGCACUCCUCCCCUCCGUCUCGAAUUGAUAAAUACUAACAUUCAAUGUUAAUAACUCCCCCUCUUCCCUUGUCUUCAGCGUGCUUCAAUAGCUGGCUUCCGAAGAGAGCAGUUACUGUGGUAGACCAUUGACAAAUUGUUAUGUUGAUUUACAGAUUCUUAUUUCUACUGUUUCAUAUGAACAGUAUUUUUUUUUCAGAUCGUAAAAAAGAUGCAGUAUAUUAUACAGGUCAGUAAGGUUUUUUUUUUUCCUUUUUUUUUUUUUUUUUUUGUGUGUGUAUGUGCCUCCAGUCUUAAUGACCACAGAUACAGGUGACUUAUGACUGGCAGUUUAGUGAAGUGCUCAUACUAGUCAGGUUAGUGUGAUCCCCAGGACUGGCAGAGAUUCUGUGCUUGUGAGUUCAUUACUUGAUUUCAUUGCUAAACAAGUGUUAAAAAUGGCAGUAUUGUUCUCAUCCGGCCUUAAUCCAGUAUGAUGUGGAUAUACGUUAACAUAAAUAUACUGUAUAUAUUGUACAAGUUUCAUAUUAACUAACAAAACUAGCAACUUUCAAAUGUUUUGCUUGAGAUGUUAAAUAUAUAUAUAUAUAAAAAUAAAUAAAAUCUGGUUAGCUAACAUGAAUCUGCCUGCAGCUUAGCUACCAGAUUCACAGGAGGAAAGGAGAAUGUUAACUACUUCGACUUAUGCUUUGUCCCAUUCCUUUUAUUUGGAUAUUUCCCAAGCUGAACUUUCUCAUUCCCAACAAGCCAUUAUAGAAAUGUCUGGAUAUUGUUGCACUUCCCAAAAUGGGCUUCAAGGAAUGACGUAUUAAGUUUGCAGACCAAAGCAAAGGCUUGUUAACUUUCAUUACUAUGCAAAAUAAGCAAGUUAUUUGGUACAGUAUGUGUGGGUGCUACAGAAGAACGCAGACCCAAGACUCCUGUGUUGUCUCCACUCAUGACAAAUGUCUUCAAAUUGACCUUGUUAAUAUGCUUCAACUUUUCUAAUCUUCUGUGAAAUGUAUUUAUAGGAACAAUAUUGUUGUUUUGUGGUAACUGCACCUUAAUUUUUGGAAACCCUCUUCUGUAUUUUAAUAAACUAUAAUGAACCAAAAUGUCAAUUUUUAUUUAUUUUUUUUAACAAUGGCAUAUCAUAAGCACGGUUUUAAUGUACAGCACAUUUUCAAGUACAAGUGAAAGUAGUAGACGUACAAUUACAAGUGAAAGAAAUACAGACGUGACACUGUAAAUACCCAACACGUGCAGUGUUGCCCUAUUGGGCUGGUAAGAAUUGCAUUGUGUGGGUGAUGAUAUUUUGGGCUAGUUUUAUGUCUUUGGGCGGGUAAUUUGUAUUUUCUGUCAGAGGUCCAUAAAAAGUAGUGUUUAAAAAAUAUAUAUAUAUAAAAUAUAUAACAACACAACAAGUUCAUUAGCACAUACAUCGGUAUAUUUUUUAUGUUGAUCAUGCAGAAUACCUAUGUUUUAUUAGAUACAUUUACAGUAAUAGGUUAAAUACCAGACCACCUUUAUAUAAAUAAUUUGCAUAUGUUUACUACAAAUGUGAUGCAAAGAAAAGCAAACAAAGUGCCCUCAUUCAUUAUUAGAAGACCUAGCCAUCGAGUGUUGUUCUCCUCCACACCACUUGUCUCUAUGGAGUGGAACUUGAAACAGCUACAUAAAAAAAAACAAAAAAAAACAAGCACACACACACACACAAAGAGCAAAAAGCAACUUUGUGAUAAAGGGAUAUGAAUGCUUAAAGAUGCUUUUUGAAACACAAUAAAGAAUAUUUACAAAUAAAGGCAGGUGCUCUCUCUUAUAAUAUCUAGUGAAAAGCUGGAAGGCAGUAAGUCACUAUGCUAGGGUAUUCAGCAUUUCAAUUAUGAGUUAUCCCUACUGCACCUUUUUAAAAAUAUCACAAAGCAGGCAAGAACUGAUUGUUGUUGGGUUUUUUUACCAUUUUAUAGUGUUAGUGUUAACAAACUGCACAAUUGUA